AUGGCUGUUCUUAAAGUAAAAUUCACCAAAGCCAAACGAGACAAAUUGGCUCAAAUCCUAUGGAUUCUCAACUGGUUUUCUGUGAUGACUGGUGCAGUUGUGUUCAGCCUUGGACUCUUCCUAAAGAUUGAAAUUAGAAAACGCAAGGAGGUGAUAGCAAAAUGGGAUAUUAACUCUGUUCCAAAUACAUUAAUCUCUAUUGGAGUCAUAGCUUGUCUAAUCAACUUUCUUGGAGGUAAAAUCUGUUAUGACUGCACAGAUGCCAGUAAAUUUAACCGCUGGAAGCUGGUCAUGCUCCCUUAUAUUGUAUGCACUCUCUGUUUCACCUUCUGCAUCUUUGUGGGUGCUAUUAUGUGCUAUACUAUGAGAAAUGAAUUGGAAGAAUCUCUAUAUCUGGGAUUGAGAGAUGCUAUUAAAUUCUACAAGGAUACAGACAUCCCUGGAAGAUGCUUUUUGAAGAGAACUAUAGACACUUUACAGAUCAAAUUCCAGUGUUGUGGAAACAAUGGUUUUAGGGAUUGGUUUGAAAUUCAGUGGGUAUCGCCUCGUUAUUUGGAUAUGGCUUCAAAGGAUGUUCUAGAUCGCCUAAAAAAUAAUAUUGAUGGGAAAUUCUUGGUGGAUGGAGUCCCCUUCAGUUGUUGCAAUCCAAACUCACCUCGGGCCUGUAUCCAGUACCAGCUCACAAACAAUACUGCUCACUACCAUUAUGAUUUUCUGACAGAAGAACUUAAUAUCUGGAUGAAAGGAUGCAGGGAAGCCCUUCUGGAUUAUUACACUGACAUCAUGAGAUCCAUUGGUGUCACUACAUUCAUCAUUUGGGUGUUUGAGCUAUCUGUCCUCAUUGGGGUUCGUUAUCUUCAAACAGCAAUGAGGAACCUGCUUCUGCAGGAAGAUCCACUCUGUGACUCUGAUGGCUGGUUGCUUGAAAACAGUUUUGUGGAAACUGCCAAGUGGAACUUCAACAUAAUUAAACAUCUUGGCAAAGGAAACCAGGUAUCCAAUAUUUUGGAAAUGAAUGACCCUAAAAUGGAUGUUCACACUGCAAACCACAGUUCAGAGAAUACUCCACCAAAAUGCAUCCCUGCAGCUUAA